AUGUCUGCACUGGCGAGGCAUCCUUUAUGUAGGGAUUGCUUGAAAAGGAGCCUUUUAAGGCAUUCUUCGACACAAGCAUCACCGCCAUCAGCAACAGCAUCAACAUCCGAAAGGCCAGAAUCAUCCAUCAAAGAAGGCACCGUAUUGAAGGGAAUAAACGUAUAUGCUGGCAAAUCUGACCCAGUGGCAAUGAAGGAUGCUGACUAUCCAGACUGGCUCUGGACUCUCACUGCUCCAAAACCAAAGGAGCUAGCUACCGAAGACAAACUCAACUUUUCAUAUCUAAGAACUCGAUGGAGGCUCGCAAGCCGACAAAAGAAGAAGCUAUAA